AUGGCGACGAGUUCUGCUCCCGAUAUCGACAUGGUCAUCGAGGAAACGAGAAGGACCCUAUUCACAAAAAGAAUCGCCAGCGUAAGGCUCCAUCACGUCGGGAAACUGAAAUUCGCCGAAUACGCCGGAAACUCCGACCCAAAGGCCCAUGUACGAGCCUUCCGUUUAGCAAUAUCAAUUGCAUACCUCACCGACAACGAAAAAGAAGCAGGUUAUUGCUGCUUCUUCGCCGAGAACCUCACCGGGGCCGCUCUCGAGUGGUUCGCAGGAUUAGAAGAAAAUUCAAUCGACAAUUUCACCCAGUUGGUAUCUACGUUCCUCAAACAAUACUCAGUCUUCAUAGAGACAAGAGUUACCAAAGCAGAUCUCUGGAAUCUCAAACAAGCGCCUUUCGAGCCAUUAAGAGCAUACAUAAACAAAUUCCGAAAAAUCAAGGCCAAGAUCUCACAUCCGAACGAAGUUGUUGCCCUCGCGGCGUUAAAGAAUGGCGUCUGGUUCUCAUCCAAAUUCAGGGAAGAACUGGCGGUACGAGCACCUAUCUCGUUGGAUGACGCCCUACAACGAGCCUCUUAUUUUGCCACCCAGGAGGAGGAGGUCGCAGCCUUGAAAGAACUAUAUAGCGCGAACAAGAACAACGCAACCAAAAAACCUGCUACUCGUAAAGAACCAACCACCAAAGGGCAACAUUCCUACGCAAUAAAUAAUUCGCCGCAAAAGUCUUCAACAUACGACCUUAGCAAAUACUGCGCUUUCCAUGAUCGCAUGGGUCACUCGACCGACGAAUGUCGAGCCGCACUUCGCAAUCAAAACGAAAAUAAGAAAACUAACGAAGAAGCCGGAGAAGAAGAAGAAGAGCCAAUGACUCCGAAAUCCAACCGAAAGGCCAAAUUCCCAACAAACAAAAGAGGCAGGGAGAUCGAGCAUGAAUCACCGAGCUCUCCACCCCCAGCCCCGAAGAAAAGAGUCGACAUGAUUUCAUGGGGGCAGAACAACAACACAACCGACGAAAUCAAGAGCCAAACCGAAGGAAAAAUCUGCUUCGAGAUCUCGGUAGCGAUCCUCACAUUGGAAAAUCCCGACGAAGUCACUCCCCCUCCCCGUGUCACUCCAUACAACCCAAACACAAAGCCUCCUUACGUAAAAAUCUCUAACUUCAAGCGAAAGAACAAAAUGGCCAAGAUUCGCGAGCUGCUGGAGAAACCGACUCAGAAAAAAAGACAGAAUGCAGACCCUCAAUCGCAAUCUGUCUGGGGGGCAGAUACACUACCGACCUGCACUUACUAA